AGUGAGUGAGAGAGCAGACGAGCGACCGGCAGCAGGAGCCGGAGCCGGAGCAAACUCGAGCUGCUGACUGACGAACGCUGCAUUCCAGCACACUGCACUUGAUCGGCGUUGACACACGGACCUCGACCCAGCAGCUCCCUCCUCGCACCCCAGCAAGAAAUGCACUUUCAUCCUCUCGCAAUCCAAUGCAAUUAUUUUUACAAAAACCUGCAAGGGCUGUUUUGACGGUGAGAAUUAUUCGCAAGAAGCAAACUUGCAAGAGGAAGGCGAGAGCCUGACGGACGAGGGGGAGAGAGAAGCAACGCUUUGCCGGGAGAGGCGGCGGCUGACAGUGUGAGGAGGGUUUCACCUGCACGGGGACUGAGAGCAAGUGACAGAGGGCUUCGGACCACGUUGGCAGCGAGCCCCGCUUUACAUUGUCACCGCUUGUUACUCCGGGAGGCGAAAGUUCCUCAUGGCUCUGAUCAUGGAACCGGUUAGUAAAUGGAUCCCGAGCCAAGUGGUGGACUGGAUGAAAGGCCUUGAUGAUUGCCUGCAGCAAUACAUUAAGAACUUUGAGAGAGAAAAAAUCAGCGGAGAUCAGCUGCUACGUAUCACUCAUCAGGAACUAGAUGAGCUUGGUGUCACGCGUAUUGGCCAUCAGGAACUUAUCCUCGAGGCGGUAGACCUGCUGUGUGCUUUGAAUUAUGGGCUUGAAACGGAAAAUCUUAAAACACUAUCCCAUAAACUGAAUGCAUCUGCCAAAAAUCUUCAGAAUUUUAUAACUGGGCGGAGGAGAAGUGGACACUAUGAUGGAAGGUCCUCCAGGAGAUUGCCCAAUGAUUUCCUUACAUCAGUCGUGGAUCUUAUCGGCGCUGCUAAAAGUUUACUGGCAUGGUUAGACAGAUCUCCAUUUGCUGCAGUGACAGACUAUUCAGUUACCAGAAACAAUGUCAUUCAGCUCUGCCUGGAACUGACUACUAUUGUACAACAAGACUGCACAGUCUAUGAAACUGAAAACAAGAUUCUUCAUGUGUGCAAAACGCUGUCGGGGGUCUGCGACCACAUUAUCUCUCUCUCAUCUGAUCCACUGGUUUCACAGUCUGCUCAUUUGGAGGUCAUUCAGCUGACAAACAUUAAACCCAGUGAAGGAUUGGGCAUGUACAUCAAAUCAACAUAUGACGGUCUACAUGUCAUCACUGGAACUACUGAAAAUUCUCCUGCGGAUCGAUGCAAGAAAAUCCACGCUGGGGAUGAAGUGAUUCAGGUCAAUCAUCAAACUGUGGUAGGUUGGCAGUUGAAAAACCUGGUAAAUGCACUCCGGGAAGAUCCCAGUGGGGUCAUCUUAACCUUAAAGAAACGACCUCAGAGCAUGCUCACCUCCGCACCUGCUUUGCUUAAGAAUAUGAGAUGGAAACCUCUAGCACUGCAGCCAAUCAUUCCAAAAAGUCCAACUGGUAGUGUCGCCACGCCAACUGGUACUCUCAACACUCCGACAAAGCGAGACAGUUCUGCUCUGCAAGAUCUUUACAUUCCUCCUCCUCCAACAGAGCCAUACACUCCCAGAAGGCUGGGAGGUUCCAGUAUCUCUAGAAUUAACAGGGAUGAAAAAGGCAACCUUCCCAUAGAAGAGCCCAGCAGACAUAUUUUAGGCAAACCGGUGCAUAAGGGAUCAGAAUCUCCCAAUUCCUUCUUGGAUCAAGAAUAUCGAAAACGUAUCACCAUGAUUGAGGGGGACGCAAUGAUUCUCAGCUACGAUUACGACACAACCCGAUCAAGUAUUCCCGGCAGAAGAGAAAAUACCCUGACAUAUGGCAAACUAAGGCCUAUUUCCAUGCCGGUCGAAUACAGCUGGGUAGGAGAACACGAAGAUUCUAACAGACCCAAAAGGGAUGGGCGGAGAGUACUGAAGGAUUCACAGACUCACAAGUCUCAAUCUAGCAAUACCUACUCUCAUAAAAGCUCCCUAAUGAGGUAUAUGAGUGAUGAUAAGAUCCCCAUCAUUCAAGAGGAGUAUAUAGUUAAAAGAGACACGGGUAAAAGAUCCAGGAAGAAGAGUGACAAGCUCGGUAGUCCUAAUCAUCCCAUCAGCCAAUUUGGCCUGCCAACACCAGUUCACCUCGAAGUUAUUCGACAGGAUUCCCUGAGUACACCUCUGCCAGAAACCAACACCAUCACUCUAUAUCACACAUUUCAGCAAUCCUUGGGACAGAAGUCCAAAAAAAGGAACAAAGGUACUUUGACAGCGAUGAGCAGAAGAAGAAUUUCUUGCAAGGAUCUGGGUCGUGGAGACUGUGAAGGGUGGUUAUGGAAGAAGAAGGACGCCAAGAGCUACUUCUCGCAGAAGUGGAAAAAGUACUGGGUUGUACUGAAAGACGUCUCACUAUACUGGUACAUGAACGAAGAAGAUGAGAAGGCUGAGGGAUUUAUCUGCCUGUCGGAGUUCAAAAUUGACAGAGCGACUGAAUGUCGGAAGAAGUAUGCAUUCAAAGCAUGCCAUCCCAAGAUUAAAAGCUUUUACUUUGCAGCAGAUAACAUGGAUGACAUGAACAGGUGGCUGAGCAGACUCGGUUUGGCUACAGUGGGAUAUGCAGAAAAAGAACAACGACUCAGGCAAGAUCAAGAUUAUUGGAGUGAAAGUGAACAAGACGAGGCGGAUACCCCAUCAACACCCAAGCAAGAAAGUCCACCACCUCCUUACGACACCUACCCUCGACCGCCUUCAGUGAACUGUGCCAGUCCAUAUCUUGAGCCUAAACAUAACAGACUGUCCUCAACGGAGACAUCUCAUUCUCACUCGUCCCAUGAGGAAUUCCGGCCGGAACCUGCAGCAAGUACGGAAUCACCUGCUCGUAAACCAGGGGCUUGGGAACGCCGGUCGUGGCAAGAUCUAAUAGAGACUCCACUGACAAGCUCAGGGAUGCACUAUCUCCAGACUCUUCCACUUGAGGAUUCUGUGUUUUGUGAAGCAGGCUUACCAACACCAGAACAUCGGAGACUGUCAACUUUACCAGCCCAACGGUGCCAGAUCCAGGAUCACUAUGGACCAUUCCCUUUGGCAGAGGGUGAACGAUGGCCGGGGGUCAACCUUGGAGGGGGUAAACCACGCAGUUUCACACUACCUCGAGAUGGUGGGCUCAGUCAUUCCUGUCAGAGCUCCUCAAUCUGUCUCCCCGGAGCUCAGGCUGAACUGGUUCUGAAGCAAGAAAUCGAAGAGGAAAAGCCAGAGGAUAAAGAACCUGCGCCAGAGGAAACUGGGGACUCUUUGCAGGAUUUGUACAAGGCGCUGGAGAACGCCAGCGUGUCUCCUUUAGGAGAGCAUCGCCUUUCCACCAAACAGGAGUUCAAGAGGUCUUUCCAAAAGAGAUGUGACAAUCCAGUCAUAAAUGAAAAAUUGCACAAGCUUAGAAUUCUAAAGAGCACAAUUAAGGCAAAAGAAGGAGAAGUCGCGAUUAUAGACAAGAUCCUAGACAAUCCUAGCUUGACAUCCAAAGAAUUCCAAGAAUGGAAACAAACCUACAUUGAGCUUUUCGUGGACAUCUGUCAGAACAAUGGAACCGCAGAAUCAGUAAACGAUGCAAGUGAACAAGCUGCACCUACCCCAACGCCCCCUUUGAUGCACACCCACUCUUACAUUGAAACCCAUGUUUAAAUAGUUUCUAGGCAGGCCUUGUAAUAAAUGUAAUAAUUUUCAACUGCUUAUUUCAUACCGGUGAGUAAUGAUGUAAGUAUCUUGUUUGUAUGGAGAUUCCAGUAUCAUUCAAAUGUUUGUCGGCUUUGAAUUUGAUUCUGGGGACUUGGGCACAUUUUUUAGUUUGUUUUUGGGGAUACAAUUAUUGGGAAUACAAUUUCCCUUCUUCUACUUGGAUGUUCUCAUAUCGCCAGGGGGGGUCGUGAAAACAAUUUUGUGUGAUUUUUAUUGCGAUGUAUCAGUAUGAAAAUGGCACUUUUGUUGUAAGAUGUCUUCCUCACUCAGAAUGAAAAGUGUACACUUUCAAAUGUAAUGAUAUAAUUAAGCUAGUACAAGCAUUGAGCCCAGGAGGAAAUGGGGCUCGGAGAUUUUAUUUUAUUUGUUCCAUCAUGUUGCACUUGAUUAGCUGAACAAAUGUGUUGUCUAAUACGAGGAGAUGAAUAGAAACGGCUGUUGUUGUGGCUAUAUGCCUACCCCUCCCCCCUUUAGCCACUUACAAUAUAUAGAGAAUGGGGGAUGUUUCCCUGUUUCUUCUCCAAUUGUCACCACCACCGGUAAAUUAUGUUCCCCGCCCACAGUAAGGCCAAUUUUACUUCUGUUCACCUGGCUGGUCAAGGCAUCAGUUGUUAGAAAGUCAAAGCACAGCCGUUUUAGCUCAGAUCCGGCCUCACUUCACAAAACCCACUGAAACAUGGAGAAGCUAAGGUGUAGGCAAAACCCUGACAGCUCUUACAAGGUUGAAGUGGGCAGGCAGUGCUGCUCCACCCACGUUGUCAACGGGUCAAACAA